CGACAGCAGCACCGGGGUGUAUCCGGUCAACUGGGUGACACUUUCUCCGAGUCUUGAUUAAAAGUUGCAUUGAUCUUUCCUCAAACUCCAAACUCCGGCAUCAGCGAGGGCUGAGGUUGAGGGUUCAGGUCCGGCAUGAACGCGCUGCUGUGGCGCGGCGGCGCGCGGCGCGCCGGCACGUGGAGAGGUGGUGUCACCUGGACCAGCUCAGGUUUCCAUGUGGGAACGCCAGCGGCGGCCUUCGACGUGAGGAAAGUUGAACUGACGCCUCUAGAGCAGCGAAAACUCACCUUCGACUCCCACAGCCUGGUGACGGCGCUGGAGGGCAGUGGUUUUGAGAAGCGGCAGGCGGAGCUGAUCGUUUCAGCUCUGGUCACUCUGACCACCGCUAACACUGACAUCGUCUACAAGGACAUGGUGACCAAAGCUCACCAGGAGAUCGCGGUGCAGCAGAUCAUGGCUCACCUGGACUCGGUCAGGAAGGACAUGGUGAUCCUGGAGAAGAGCGAAUUCGCCAACCUGCGGUCUGAGAACACGAAAAUGAAGCGGGAGCUGCAGCAGCUGCAGAACAGAAUGCAGGAGGAGACCCAGAAGGUCCGAGCAGAAAGCAAACUGGACAUCAAUCUGGAGAGAAGCAGAAUCUCUGACAUGUUUACUGAACAAGAGAGGAAGCUGAUGGAGGCAACGUCAGAGUUCCAUCACAAGAAAGCCGACCUGGAAAACGACAACAUGGAGGUCAACAAGAAGAUUGACCUGCAGGUGGCGUCGCUCAAGACGGUGCUGGAGUCCCUGAAGCUGGAGACGGUCCGGUACCUGGCAGCGACCGUCUUCUCGUGCCUGGCCAUCGCUCUGGGAGUCUACCGGCUGUGGAGGUGAAGGAUCCAGGCAGACCUGGUCCAGUUCAAAGGAUCAGACUGUUUUAAUGCUUCAAAGUCAUUUAAGUCACUGGUUGUGAUUUUAAAAGGGUUUUUAUUACAAACAUUGAAUAGGGAAGAAUGUUGAAAAUGUUUUUCUUUUCUGCUUUUAAACGGUAGAGUAAGCGAUUCUAACCAGACAAACCCUGAAAAACCUGACUGGGGUCCCUGGAGAACAAAUAUAUUGAAGUGGUGGUAAUUUCAGAAAAUAUGACAAGAAUAAAGUUACCAACUGCAACUUUAAACUGUCAAAUUAUAGAUAAAUUUGCUGCAUGUGUAUAGUUUGUUUUUUUGAACCAGUAAACAUGUUUAUUUCUGCUGCAAAGUUUUAUCAUGGAUGGCCAUCCGACCUCCAGCCAAUCGCUUGGGACGGCUGUAUCUUCUCAAAGUUCUGGUGGGCAGAGCAACGUUUGUUCUGUUCAAGUAUCAAAUGCAACGUCAUCCACAAAUAGCUUACCCAACCACUGUCACUGAUGUCUAAAAACCUGAAACUCAAUAAAACACAUUUGAUUAAUAAUUUUAAGUCA